UUCCGCGCGCCGUUGUCUACGUCAGUGUCGGGCGCCUACCGCAGAGGUGCGGUUUGCUCUUAAAGUUCGGUCUCGUAUACCUUUUGCGAGCCAUGGAAAGUGACUUCUAUCUGCGUUACUACGUGGGUCACAAGGGCAAAUUCGGCCACGAAUUCCUGGAGUUUGAGUUUCGACCCGACGGGAAAUUGAGAUAUGCCAACAACAGCAAUUACAAAAAUGAUGUCAUGAUCAGAAAAGAGGCUUAUGUACAUAAAAGUGUGAUGGAGGAACUAAAGAGGAUAAUUGAUGACAGUGAAAUUACCAAAGAGGAUGAUGCUUUGUGGCCUCCUCCUGACCGAGUAGGUCGGCAGGAGCUUGAAAUUGUCAUUGGGGAUGAACACAUUUCUUUCACAACAUCAAAAAUUGGUUCACUGAUUGAUGUCAAUCAAUCUAAGGAUCCAGAAGGCUUACGAGUAUUUUAUUAUCUUGUCCAGGACCUGAAAUGUUUGGUCUUCAGUCUUAUUGGAUUACACUUCAAGAUUAAACCAAUCUAGAUUGAGUAUUGGUGUGGACACAAGGGGGAUAGGCAUGGCUGCUUUUAAUUACCAUUAUCAAGAAAUUUUUGUGUAUAUCAGGGCAAUUUUUUUUAUAAACUAUAAAUGAUCAUCUUUAAUAAAUACAUAACAAAAUGCAA